GAAACAAAAGAAAAAGGUAUUUAAAAAAAAAAAAAAAGUUUGCUUCCAUACCAGCUAGACCCAGAAUCAAAGUAUAGCAGACUUUUUCUUCUACAUAUUCAAAGUUACUUAUCUCCAAAAUACAGAAAGAAGAAGAAUAAAAUGUUAGGAAAGCAAUAAGCAGAAGAGUCUUUCUUCUUUGGUUGCUUUUUUGAUUUCUUUCUCUGUAACAGCUUCUUUACUCUUGAGAGUCAGAGAUCCCAUAAUCAAAGGAGUUUUUCUAUUUUUGUGCUUCAAGCUGUUCCUCCUCCUUGGUAAAAACAGAGCAAUCAUGCUAAAUUGUGCCGUCCUCUUAUCAAACCUUGGCCGUCAUCUAACUAAUUAAAAGGAAAGUAAUGUUCGAGAAAUGGGGAAGAAAGGAAGUUGGUUUUCUGCAAUCAAAAGGGUUUUCACACCACAUUCCAAAGAGAAACAACUAAUCAACAACAACCAAGAAGCAGAGAGAAAGAGUGAACACAAAGAAAAGAAGAAGAAAGGUUUUGGAAAGAAACUAAGGAAUGGAGAAACCAAUACAUUUCUUCCCAUUUUUAGACAGCCUAGUAGCAUUGAAAAGAUCUUGUGUGAAGCCGAGCGAGAGCAUAACCUUGUCUUUAGGCCACCAACUCCCUCCACGGAUCGAGCAAAGGCUUCAUCAGCCUAUCUUCCAUCUCCUUCUUUUAGGCCUGCUUCUCCUAAACUGCCUUCUCAGAGAUAUGUCUCUUCUCCAAAACCAAUUUCGCCAAGACUUGCUUCCUCUCCAAAGCCCCCUUCUCCAAGAGCCGUUUCGCCUAGGAUUGUGCAGCGGCGCGAGUUUGUGUAUAGACCAGAGCCAACUCUACUGGUCAGAAAUGCUACUGCUACAAAGAUUCAAGCAGCUUUCAGAGGUUACAUGGCAAGGAGGAGUUUUAGAGCUUUGAAAGGUCUUGUUAGGCUUCAAGGAGUGGUGAGAGGUCACAGCGUGAAGCGUCAAACGAUGAAUGCUAUGAAGUAUAUGCAGCUUUUAGUCCGAGUCCAAACACAAGUCCAGUCACGUCGCAUCCAAAUGCUGGAAAACAGAGCUAGGAAUGACAAAGAUGACAUGAAAUUAGCCUCUAGCCUUAUGUCUGAGGAUUGGGAUGAUAGUGUCCUGACAAAAGAAGAAAAAGAUGCGAGGCUGCAUAGGAAGAUUGAUGCUAUGAUCAAAAGAGAACGUUCCAUGGCCUAUGCUUAUUCUCACCAGUUAUGGAAAAAUAGUACCAAGUCUGCUCAGGACAUUCGAACAAGUGGCUUCCCACUUUGGUGGAACUGGGUGGACCGGCAGAAGAACCAAAGCCAGCCUUUCAGGCUAACACCAACACGACCGAGCCCAAGCCCUCAGCCUCAAUCUAGCAACCAAAACCAUUUCAGGCUGAACAACAGUUUCGACACUUCCACGCCCAAUUCAUCAAAAUCCACAUUUGUUACUCCAUCUAGACCCAUUCACACUCCGCAACCAUACAGUAGCAGCGUCUCAAGAUACUCACGAGGAGGAGGAAGAGCUACACAAGAUUCUCCUUUCAAAGAUGAUGACAGCCUCACAAGCUGCCCUCCGUUCUCAGCUCCAAGCUACAUGGCUCCAACAGUCUCAGCAAAAGCAAAGCUGAGAGCAAACAGCAACCCGAAAGAGAGAAUGGACGGUACACCGGUCAGCACAAACGAGAAGAGAAGGAGUUCGUUCCCUCUUGGUUCGUUCAAAUGGAACAAAGGGUCAUUGUUCAUGAGCAGCAACAGUAACAACAAGGGUCCAGGUUCUUCUUCUUCUGGUGCAGUGGUGCUUGAGAAACACAAGACCCUCAAAUCCGUAGGAAAUUUGAGUAUUGAUUCUACUGUCUCCAUGCCUGCAACAGUUGGGAGGAGAGCUUUUAACAGAUUUGCGUGAUUUUUCUUUCAAUGCUUUGACUUUUUUUUUUUUCCUUUCUCAGUUUGAUUUCUUGAUCUUACAUCAAUUUUAUGAGUGGUGGUGAUGAUUUUGAGUGUUCUUGAUUACGAUUUUUACAGAUGUAACAUAAUAAUAAAGUAAACAACUAAAGCAGAGGAUUUGGAUUGUACAGUGUGAUCUUCUUUA